AGCGCGACGCGAUUGACGCGACGCAACUUAAUAAAAAACCAUGAAACUGUCGUACGCGACGAGUUUCGCGUAGAAUCGCUCAUUCACGCGAUCGAAGUCGCAUCAACAAUAUUGUUCUACUGUAUUAUUUUUCAGUUCGUAUAUUUUUAAACAGUAUAUAACAGUUCGUCACCAGCAUCAUCCGUGUACCUAUUGAAAAUGGAAUCGGAUAGUUCAGAUGAUAGUGUGAUAGUGAUGUGGUCUUAUUUAAAAAGUAAAAAAAAAAAACGUAAAUUUUGGAUUCAUCCCUACUUAGCAAAUAAUAUCAACAGAAAUGCGUAUGUUGCUUCGAGAGAACUAUUAUUACAUCCAGAACGUUUUCAGUCAUUCUACAGAAUGAGUAAAGAAAGUUUUUCAGAACUUUGCAACUUGCUUGAACCGGCCAUCGGCCGAAAAGAUACUCAUUUUAGAAAAUGUGUCGGUGUCGAAGAAAGACUUCUAAUAACAAUAAGAUAUUUGGCUACAGGUUGCAAUUUUAGUGCCUUGGCAUUUUAUUUUGCGAGAGGUAAUAACACUGUCAGUAAAAUCGUUGCUGACACAACAAGAAAUAUAUGGGAAUGUUUAAAAGAUCUAUAUAUGCCAGUACCAACUGCUGAAAAAUGGAAAACAAUAGCUGACAGAUUUCAAGAUCUGUGGAAUCUCCCAAACUGUAUAGGUGCUAUAGAUGGGAAGCACAUCAGAAUACAAAAGAUUCCAAAAUCUGGUUCAUCUAAUUUUAACUAUAAAUCGUACCACUCGCUGGUACUUAUGGCGAGUUGUGAUGCAGAUGGUAUAUUUACAACAAUUGAUGUUGGUCAGGCAGGGAGAAAUAGUGACGGUGAAGUUUUUAGAGCUUGUCGUUUAGGCCGAUGGUUAGAUAUAAAUGGUCUUGAUAUACCAACAGGCAUCAAAUUACCUCACGACCAAGGGGAUAUACAAAUGUUUCCAUACUAUUUUGUCGCGGAUGAAGCAUUUCCUCUUAAGUCCUAUUUGAUGAGGCCUUAUCCAAGAAGAGUACUUGAUAACAAAAAGAGAAUUUUUAAUUAUAGAUUAA